CCCCCGUGCUCAGUCAUGACCGUCACCUACUCAAGCCAAGUGGCUAAUGCCCGCUUAGGCUCCUUCUCCCGCCUGCUCCUGUGCUGGCGCGGCAGCAUCUACAAGCUGAUCUAUGGCGAGUUCCUCAUCUUCUUGCUCAGCUACUACAUCAUCCGUUUCAUUUACAGGAUGGCCCUCACGGAGGAACAGCAGGUGAUGUUUGAGAAACUGACUCUGUAUUGCGACAGCUACAUCCAGCUCAUCCCCAUUUCCUUCGUGCUGGGCUUCUACGUGACGCUGGUCGUGACCCGCUGGUGGAACCAGUACGAGAAUCUGCCAUGGCCCGAUCGCCUUAUGAACCUGGUGUCGGGCUUGGUGGAGGGCAAGGACGAGCAAGGCCGGCUGCUGCGGCGCACGCUCAUCCGCUACGCCAACCUGGGCAACGUACUGAUCCUGCGCAGCGUCAGCGCCGCAGUCUACAAGCGCUUUCCCAGUUCCCAGCAUCUGGUGAAAGCAGGCUUUAUGACCCCCGCGGAACGCAAGCACUUAGAAAAGCUGAGCUUGCCGCACAACACGUUCUGGGUGCCCUGGGUGUGGUUUGCCAACCUGUCAAUGAAGGCGUGGAUCGGAGGUCGAAUCCGGGACCCUGUCCUGCUCCAGAGCCUGUUGAACGAGAUGAACGUCUUGCGUACUCAGUGUGGACUCCUGUUUGCCUAUGACUGGAUCAGUAUCCCACUGGUGUACACACAGGUGGUGACCGUGGCGGUUUACAGCUUCUUCCUGGCUUGCUUGAUCGGGCGGCAGUUUCUGAACCCGGCCAAGGCCUAUCCUGGCCACGAGCUGGACCUCGUUGUGCCCGUUUUCACGUUCCUGCAGUUCUUUUUCUAUGCUGGCUGGCUGAAGGUGGCAGAGCAGCUCAUCAACCCAUUUGGAGAGGAUGAUGAUGACUUUGAGACCAACUGGAUUGUCGACAGGAGCCUGCAGGUGUCCCUGUUGGCUGUGGACGAGAUGCACCAGGACCUGCCCCCAAUGGAGCGGGAUAUGUACUGGAAUGAUCCAGAACCACAACCCCCCUAUACAGCUGCUUCCGCCCAGUAUCGUCGACCCUCCUUUUUAGGCUCUACCUUCAACAUCAGUCUGCAUAAGGAAGACAUGGGGUUUCAGGCAAAUCCAGAAGAGGAGGAGGACCCUCAAACUGGCAUCAUUGGCCGCUUCCUAGGGCUACAGUCCCACGACCACCAUCCCCCCAGGACAAACUCAAAGACCAAACUACUGCGACCCAAGAAAGAAGGCCUUCUCCAAGAGGGCCAGCCCAAGAAACUCGGGAGUGCCAGACAGCACUCUAGGAACCAGGAAGGCGGCAAGCCUUGGAAGAUUGAGGAGGAGGAUGAUGCUUUCGAGACUGCUGCACUAUACGGGAGGUCAGGCUACCACAGUGCCCCCCAGACGCCCCUCAGCCACACCCCUAUGGUCUUCCCACCUGGAAAGUCAGCACCCUCAGGCCUUCGCAGAGUCUCAGGCACAGACAGCGCUGUCAAAGACCAAAGCCUACAGCCUGUGACUCCUGACAGAGAUAACAGUUUUGAACUGCUCUCAGAUGGCGUCGGGUCCUCAACGGAGAACCCACAAUUGGGUCACAUGAAGAAGAAAACCGUUGAGUUUAACCUGACCGACAUGUCGGAGACCUCGGAACAUCUCAGAGAAUCACAUUUGGACCAGUCAAGCAACAUAGAGAUAAUACUCAGAAGUCACGGAGAUCCCUACUGGGCCUUGGAAGACAGGGAUGAAGCACACUCUUAAGCCUGUUUCCCCGAAAGGGACACUUCACCGGCCUGGUCCUACCUGCAUGUACACCAGCGGGACACUGAUCCAGUCAUAGCCAUAUAGCUGUCCACACUGAAGCAUACGUUCGUAUGACAGCCUGAAUUAAAUGGUUAGC